AUGGCUAAGGUCAAACAAAGAGGAGGGGACAGUGGAUCCCCCACAUUCGGCAGCGGGACAAAGCGAGAAGAAAACCGAGAAGACAGAGAAAAAGACCGAGGCGACGACGAAGGAGACAGAGAAGGAGACAGAGAAGGAGACAGAAGAGCAGGGAACGAUGAGAGAGGCGCAGUCUCGACGGUUGCGGGUUCUCUUUGUGAGGCUGCAGCGAAAGUUUUGGAUGAGAAGUUGUUUACGCCCUCCUUCUUCCGUGAGAUUUGGGAGCGGUCGCCUCUUCUGCUUCGCCAGGAGGACCUCGGCGACACUCCGUUCUCAGGGCGGAGACUCGUUUCCGAGGAAGACAUGAUCUGCAUGUGCUACCGCGGAGCGAUCGCGGAGACGCUGAAGGUGUUUCAGGAAGGAAAACUCUACAACCCCCCGCAAAUCCCCUUUCCGGAUGCAGAGCCUGCUGACACCAGUGCAACGUCGUCUUCUCCCUCUGCAUCUUCUCCUCCCUCUUCUUCUCCUCGCUCUCCUUCUUGUCCUUCUUCUCCUUCUUCCUCGUCUGUGUCUGCUGAGUUGAGGAGCCGGGAGGGGAAGAAAGUGACGCCGAGUGCUUCGCUUUUGAGGGCCGUUUGCCGGUAUCUCGACGGCUUUAGUCUCGUGGUCAACCAGGCGGACCGAACGCUCGGCGUGCUGCAGAGCAUCUGCCACCAUCUCGCCAAAAAAUACUUCACUCACGUCUUUGCUGUGUCGUACCUCACCCCUCCCAAUACGCAUGCAGUCAAAACGCACACAGACGACCAGUCUCUGCUUCCGGGCUCUUCUCAGGACGUGAUUCUGAUUCAGUUGUGGGGAUCCAAGUCGUGGAAAAUUUGGACGCCGCCUCAAGUUCUGCCCUUGACGGAAGAAAUGCUCGGCAAGCAAGGGCCGUUCCCUGGUGAUCCUGGCGAGCCGCUGCUGGAUUUCGUUCUAAAGGAAGGCGACAUUCUCUACAUUCCCCGAGGGUUUCCGCACGCAGCGCUAACGACUGAGGAGCCUUCUCUCCACGUCACCUUGACUGUACCUACUGCCGAGUAUGCUUAUGUGACCUGUGUCCAGCGAUUCGUGAAGAGCCUGAUCAUAGACCACAAACUCCCUGCGGAGUCUGAACGGCGAUGCCGCUCGGCGUUGCUGCUUCGGUCUGCGAGGAGCGGCGCGGAAGACGCGGAGUUGCGCGCGUGCGUCGACUCCUGCGCGGCGCAACUCGCGGCCGGCCUCAGCUACGAUUCGCUAGCCCGCUGCCUCGAGGAGCAUCUAAACACAGUCAACGCUCUGCAGAUUCGCGAGUUUUCCCGGCUUCAGUCCUUCCCGGUUGUGCCAGCGUUCACGGCCUCGUCAGUUGUGCGGCUAGCCCCGGGCCUGACGUGCUGUUGCGAGGAAGGAAGCACUGAGGCGAUUUUCUUCAAAGGUACCCAGAGCUUAACAAUGAAGAUCUACGCGUCGGCGUCGAGACUCAUUCACGCUCUGGCAGGGCGGCAGGCGCAAAAGAUUUGCAAGCUUCCCUGCGCCGACCCUUUCGAGCGCUUCUGUGUCCUUCUCGUUCUGCAUAGCAAAGAUCUCAUCGAAGUCCUCUCUCGCUAA